UGAGCGGAAGCAAUCCCUCCACAAAUUUGUGCAGAUCUCUGCUGUGAUUCUCUGUCUGUGCCGGAGAAAAAUUUCGCCGUUGCUGCUGCGGGAGAUCUCGGUGACGUUUGCUCAAUCACGGUUGUAAUUUCGGGUUAUUUCUCGAUUGGGCGGUUGCAUUUCCAGAUCAGGAGUUCCAAUUUCCGGGCUUUGAUUCGUCGCCAGUCAUGGCGGCCGCGAACGCUCCGAUCACCAUGAAAGAAGCGCUAACGCUGACUAGCAUAGGGAUCAAUCAGCAGUUCAUUACAUUCACGAAUGUGACCAUGGAGUCUGAGAAGUAUAUUUGUGUACGUGAGACGGCGCCUCAGAACAGCGUGGUAAUUAUCGAUAUGAACAUGCCAAUGCAGCCUCUUAGGCGGCCUAUCACUGCUGAUUCUGCGUUGAUGAAUCCAAAUUCUCGAAUUUUAGCACUAAAAGCUCAAAUCCCUGGAACUGCACAAGAUCACUUACAGAUAUUUAAUAUUGAGGCAAAAGCAAAACUGAAGUCGCAUCAGAUGCCUGAGCAGGUUGUGUUUUGGAAGUGGAUUAGCCCUAAGAUGUUGGGUUUAGUUACACAAUCUUCAGUAUAUCACUGGUCAAUUGAAGGUGAUUCUGCUCCUGUAAAGAUGUUUGUCCGAACUGCCAAUCUAGCAAACAACCAAAUCAUCAAUUAUAAAUGUGAUCCUUCUGAAAAGUGGUUGGUUCUGAUUGGGAUAGCUCCUGGUUCUCCUGAGCGGCCACAACUUGUCAAAGGCAAUAUGCAGCUGUUUUCUGUGGAUCAACAACGAAGUCAAGCUCUUGAAGCACAUGCUGCAUCAUUUGCAUCUUUAAGAGUGCCUGGGAAUGAUAAAGACUCAAUUCUAAUUUCUUUUGCCACAAAGACUUCUAAUGCUGGUCAAAUAAUGUCUAAGUUGCACGUGAUUGAACUUGGUGCUCAGCCAGGGAAACCAUCAUUUACCAAAAAGCAAGCAGAUCUAUUCUUCCCUCCAGAUUUUGCUGAUGACUUUCCUGUAGCAAUGCAGAUAUCCCAUAAGUAUGGUCUUAUAUAUGUGAUUACAAAGCUUGGCCUGUUGUUUGUAUAUGAUCUGGAAACUGCUGCAGCUGUUUACAGAAACAGAAUCAGUCCAGAUCCCAUAUUUCUGACAUCAGAAGCUUCCUCUGUUGGAGGCUUCUAUGCAGUUAAUAGGCGUGGGCAGGUUCUACUUGCUACCGUGAAUGAAGCAACUGUCAUUCCUUUCAUCAGUGGCCAAUUAAAUAAUCUGGAACUUGCUGUCAAUCUUGCCAAAAGGGGAAAUCUUCCUGGUGCAGAGAACUUGGUUGUUCAACGUUUCCAAGAAUUGUUUGCUCAGACAAAGUACAAAGAGGCUGCUGAGCUUGCUGCAGAAUCUCCCCAAGGCAUCCUUCGGACUCGUGAGACUGUUACCAAAUUUCAGAGCGUUCCUGUACAAGCUGGGCAGACACCACCAUUACUGCAAUACUUUGGAACACUAUUGACUAAAGGAAAGCUCAAUGCAUUUGAGUCUCUGGAGCUAUCCCGUCUUGUGGUUAACCAGAAUAAGAAGAAUCUAUUGGAGAAUUGGUUGGCUGAAGAUAAACUUGAAUGUAGUGAGGAUCUUGGAGACCUUGUGAAGACCGUUGAUAAUGACCUUGCGCUGAAGAUAUAUAUAAAAGCUAGAGCUACACCAAAAGUUGUUGCAGCUUUCGCUGAGCGUAGGGAGUUUGACAAAAUUUUGAUAUAUUCAAAGCAGGUUGGUUAUACCCCUGAUUAUCUGUUCCUUUUGCAAACAAUUCUUCGAACAGAUCCCCAGGGAGCUGUUAAUUUUGCAUUAAUGAUGUCACAAAUGGAGGGUGGCUGUCCUGUUGACUACAACACAAUUACUGAUCUGUUUCUUCAGAGGAAUAUGAUUCGUGAAGCAACAGCAUUUUUGUUGGAUGUUCUGAAACCAAAUUUUCCUGAGCAUGCUUUCCUGCAAACUAAGGUUCUGGAAAUAAACCUUGUGACCUUUCCAAAUGUUGCUGAUGCUAUUUUGGCAAAUGGGAUGUUCAGUCACUAUGACAGACCACGAAUUGGACAACUCUGUGAAAAAGCUGGUCUUUUCAUCCGAGCACUUCAGCAUUACACUGAAUUGCCUGAUGUCAAACGUGUCAUUGUCAAUACUCAUGCCAUUGAGCCACAGGCACUUGUGGAGUUCUUUGGGACGCUUUCCAAGGAAUGGGCAUUGGAGUGUAUGAAGGAUCUUUUGCUGGUCAAUUUAAGAGGAAACCUUCAGAUAAUUGUUCAGGUUGCCAAAGAAUACUGUGAACAACUGGGAGUUGAUGAAUGCAUUAAGCUCUUUGAAAAGUUUAAAUCAUAUGAAGGAUUAUAUUUCUUCUUGGGAUCGUACUUGAGCUUGAGUGAGGAUCCUGAAAUUCACUUCAAGUACAUUGAGGCAGCUGCCAAGACUGGACAAAUUAAAGAGGUUGAGCGUGUGACAAGAGAGUCCGAUGUCUAUGAUCCUGAAAAGACUAAGAACUUACUAAUGGAAGCGAAACUUCCCGAUGCUCGGCCAUUAAUCAAUGUGUGCGACCGCUUUGGUUUUGUGCCUGAUCUCACUCAUUACUUGUACUCAAACAACAUGCUUCGUUACAUUGAAGGUUAUGUUCAAAAGGUCAACCCAGGAAAUGCUCCAUUGGUUGUAGGGCAACUCUUAGAUGAUGAGUGUCCUGAAGACUUUAUCAAGGGUCUUAUCCUUUCUGUCCGUUCUCUGCUUCCAGUUGAGCCCCUGGUUGCGGAAUGUGAGAAAAGGAAUCGUCUUCGCUUGCUUACUCAGUUCUUGGAGCAUCUUGUAAAUGAAGGUAGCCAAGAUGUGCAUGUGCACAAUGCGUUGGGUAAAGUCGUAAUUGACAGCAACAACAAUCCAGAGCACUUCCUCACAACUAAUCCAUACUAUGAUUCACGAGUUGUGGGUAAAUAUUGCGAGAAGCGUGAUCCGACCCUUGCUGUCAUUGCAUAUCGGAGAGGGCAAUGUGAUGAUGAGCUAAUUAAUGUUACAAAUAAGAACUCAUUGUUCAAGCUGCAAUCUAGGUAUGUUGUUGAAAGAAUGGAUGCAGAUCUCUGGGCAAAAGUUCUUGAUCCUGAAAACGAAUUCAGAAGACUGCUGAUUGAUCAAGUUGUAUCUACUGCCUUGCCCGAAAGCAAAAGCCCAGAGCAAGUUUCUGCUGCUGUUAAGGCUUUCAUGACGGCUGAUCUUCCUCAUGAACUAAUUGAGUUACUUGAAAAAAUUGUUCUUCAAAAUUCUGCUUUCACUGGAAACUUUAACCUGCAGAAUUUACUUAUCCUGACUGCAAUAAAGGCUGACCCAUCAAGGGUUAUAGACUAUGUUAAUAGACUUGAUAAUUUUGAUGGCCCAGCUGUUGGAGAAGUGGCUGUGGAAGCUCAAUUAUAUGAAGAAGCUUUUUCUAUAUUCAAGAAGUUUAAUUUGAAUGUCCAGGCAGUCGACGUGUUGCUGGAUAAUAUUCGAGAUAUUAACCGAGCUGUUGAAUUUGCUUUCCGGGUUGAGGAAGAUGCUGUUUGGAGUCACGUUGCCAAAGCUCAACUUCGGGAAGGAAUGGUCAGCGAUGCAAUUGAAUCAUUUAUUCGUGCUGACGAUGACACUGAAUUCCUGGAAGUAAUCAAAGCUGCUGAGGAUGCUGAUGUUUAUCAUGACUUGGUGAAGUAUCUUCUCAUGGUUAGGGAGAAAACGAAGGAGCCGAAAGUGGACAGUGAGCUCAUUUAUGCAUAUGCCAAAAUUGAUAGGCUGGAUGAAAUUGAAGAAUUUAUUCUCAUGCCAAAUGUUGCAAAUCUUCCUCAUGUUGGCGAUCGCCUGUAUGAUGAAGCUUUAUAUGAAGCAGCAAAGAUUAUUUUUGCUUUUAUUUCUAACUGGGGCAAGUUGGCAAUUACCCUAGUGAAGUUGAAUCAAUUCCAAGGUGCUGUUGAUGCAGCGCGGAAAGCUAAUAGUGCAAAGACAUGGAAGGAAGUCUGCUUUGCCUGUGUGGAUGCGGAGGAGUUCCGAUUGGCUCAGAUAUGUGGUCUCAACAUUAUUAUACAGGUGGAUGACCUGGAAGAAGUCAGUGAAUUUUAUCAGAACAGGGGGUGCUUUAAGGAGCUUAUAUCUCUUAUGGAGAGUGGUCUAGGGUUGGAACGUGCACAUAUGGGCAUAUUUACAGAGCUGGGUGUCCUUUAUGCUAGAUACCGUCAUGAAAAGCUAAUGGAGCACAUCAAAUUGUUCUCUACUCGUCUCAACAUUCCAAAGCUGAUACGAGCAUGUGACGAACAGCAGCACUGGAAAGAACUUACCUACUUGUAUAUUCAGUACGAUGAGUUUGAUAAUGCAGCUACAACUGUCAUGAAUCACUCCCCCGAAGCCUGGGAUCAUAUGCAAUUCAAGGAUAUUAUUGUCAAAGUCGCAAAUGUUGAGCUAUACUAUAAAGCUGUGCACUUCUAUUUGCAAGAACACCCUGACCUCAUCAAUGAUGUUCUGAAUGUUCUUGCUUUUCGUUUGGAUCAUGUCCGUGUUGUGGACAUAAUGAGAAAGGCGGGCCAUUUGCGACUUAUUAAGCCAUAUAUGGUAGCCGUACAGAGUAAUAAUGUCUCAGCAGUAAAUGAAGCUUUGAACGAGAUCUAUGUAGAGGAGGAGGACUAUGACAGACUACGAGAAUCAAUUGAUUUGCAUGAUAGCUUUGAUCAGAUUGGCCUUGCCCAGAAGAUUGAAAAGCAUGAGCUUCUUGAGAUGAGGCGUGUUGCAGCCUACAUUUACAAGAAGGCAGGCAAAUGGAAGCAAUCAAUUGCAUUGUCAAAGAAAGAUGGUGUGUACAAAGAUGCUAUGGAGACGGCUUCGCAAUCUGGUGAUCGCGAAGUUUCUGAGGAGUUGCUAGUUUACUUCAUUGAACAGGGAAAGAAGGAAUGCUUUGCGUCAUGCCUCUUUGUUUGCUAUGAUUUGAUUCGGCCUGAUGUCGCACUUGAACUUGCCUGGCUGAACAACAUGAUCGACUUUGCCUUCCCGUAUUUGCUACAGUUUAUGCGAGAAUACGCUAGUAAAGUCGACGAGUUAAUUAAGGACAAGAUCGAGGCAAGAAAUCAAGAGAAAGCUAAGGAGAAUGAGGAGAAAGACAUAGCUAAGCAGCAGAACAUGUACGCCCAGUUGCUUCCUCUUGCUUUACCCGCACCAUCAAUGGCGGCUCCUGGAAUGGGUGGUGCCGGAUUCAGCGCAGGACCCCCGCACAUGGGAAUGGGCAUGCCUCCAAUGUCGCAAUUCGGAAUGCCACCCAUGGGACCCUAUUAGCAUGUCAAGAUUCUUGGCAUUCGACGCUGUUCCUUGUUGCAAUGAGGACAAAGACCACAACAAUUUCCGCAAGUUUCUUUGUUGUUUUUGUUCGACUUUCAGGGAGGUCUGGAGGUGAGGAAGGUUUAAGGUUUGAUGAUAUUUGGGGAAUAAUGGUGUGCUUUCUUUUAGUGUCUCUGCUAAAUCUUUGAUGAAGAAGGUGUGGAUAUGUGUUCAUUUUUGUAGCAUUCUUUGGGUAGUUUGGAGUCAUUUUUGCAGCGUUAGUUAGGCUGAUAUAACUUGACAUUAUUUAUUUAUUUUUGUUGUUUAUUAUUAUUACUAUUAUUUUAUUUUUUAAAAAAUUAGUUGGCCAAAUGAUAAUAAAGAAUUAGUGAGGCUCAUUAUUGGGUUUGGGUUUGAGUUGUAUAUUGC